ACACAAGGGCACACAUCUGCCUUGGGACUGCAGUGUGAUGUAUUCUCCUUUCAGCUGAUCAGCAGUAGCAGCACUCCCGCAGCUUAUCCACUGACAGUUCUCUGUGCCCGGGGAGAGCUGUCACAUCUACACUAGAAACUAACAAGUACUCGUCAGAUUCUUCCCAGGCAGCUGCUUUCAUUUUUAGAACAUUGAUAUUUACUGAAAAGCUCUUUUUUUUUUUAAAGGAGUAGGGCAACAAUGAACCCACAAUGUGCCCGCUGUGGCAGGGUCGUCUAUCCCACGGAAAAAGUCAACUGCUUGGACAAGUUUUGGCAUAAAGGAUGCUUCCACUGUGAGGUUUGCAAAAUGACUCUGAAUAUGAAUAACUAUAAGGGAUAUGACAAGAAGCCUUACUGUAAUGCACACUAUCCAAAACAGUCCUUCACCACAGUGACAGAUACUCCUGAAAACCUUCGGCUUAAACAGCAAAGUGAAAUUCAAAGUCAGGUAAAAUACAAAAAAGAUUUUGAGGAAAGCAAAGGCAGAGGCUUUAGCAUUGUCACCGACGCUCUUGAGCUACAAAGACUGAAGAAGACGCAGGAGCAAAUUAGUAAUAUCAAGUAUCAUGAAGAUUUUGAGAAGACGAAAGGUAAAGGUUUUACCCCAGUUGUGGAUGAUCCCAUAACAGACCGUGUGAGAAAGAAUACACAGAUUGUCAGUGAUGCAGCCUAUAAAAAUGCACACCCGCACGUAGUAGAAAUGGACAGAAGAUCUGUGAUGGUUGUAGAGAGAGCAAGUCAAUAUAACAGGCAUUACUGCCACUCUGCUGGUGCUGUUGGAUUAAGUCAGGGUGAUGACAGGUCAGAGGUAUCCGAGAUGAACCCUGGUUUCUCUUACUACAGUGAGGGAACAAGGGCAUCUGAUGAAGAAGGCCCAGGGAUGCCUGGUGCAUAUCUGCAACAUCACUCAGGCUAUGGUUAUAUGCACCAAAGCAGUGCUUCUUCAGUGAGGUCAGCACAGUCCCAGCAUGCUCAGCCACUUUCACCAAGCAUGAGAACAUAUAGAGCUAUGUAUGACUACUGCGCGCAAGAUGAAGAUGAAGUGUCCUUUAGAGAAGGUGACUACAUUGUCAAUGUUCAACCAAUCGAUGAAGGCUGGAUGUAUGGCACAGUUCAGAGAAGUGGAAAAAAUGGAAUGCUUCCAGCAAAUUACAUUGAGCUGGUUAACUGAUUUUUAAUUUGAUCUGAAUUUAUUCGUACCAUUCAUUCUCUGCAAAUAUUAUUUUGAAGCUAACAUUUAUUUCAGAUUACAGGCUUACUUUUGAAAGCACUAGCAUCAAAUUUUAUGACAAUUUCUGUAAGAAAUACAUAGAAAUACAGUACACUGUCCUGCUGACAAAAUGUUCUACAAAGUCUGCAAUGUAUCAUACUAAAUGUAAGACAAUUUAAGCUAUUGUAUUUACUUAUGUUUACUUAUAUAAAUAUUAAAAACCUAUCUGUAGCCAUAAAACCAGCAAUUUACUGAAAGAAAUGUUAAUGUGCCUAGGGUUAUAUGAUGGAGGCGACCAUUAUUUAGAUAACUUUAUUAUUACAACACUUUAUUGUUCUGGUUGUUCAUUAUACUGUUAUGAACGUAGCCAUGUAUUGUUUAACACCAUCAACACGUAUUUAUAUAAUGCCAAUACAAUAAUGGGCAGGGGUGUACUCUGUUCUUUCUCACUGGCACAGUAUUCGACUUUUAAAAUUGUGUUGAUAACCCAAGAGUUCUACAGAAAAAGAAAUUAUAAAUAGGGUUACAGAAAAGCUAUAAAUUGCUCAUUAUAUCUUAAAAUGUAUCUAUAAAUUGCUCAAAUGCUCAAAAUGUGCAGUCAUCAUUGUUUCAUUUACUAAUUCAGACUUCCUAGAUUUUCAUGGCAAAGACUUGGAAUUCUUAUUUUAAAUGUUUAGUGGUGGUAGUCUCAAUAUUUCUGGGAACCAAAAUGCCAUUUUUUAUGGCUCUUUAGUGGGGAAGAAAAAAAUAAAUAGAAUUUUAAAACCCCUGCAUGUAAUUAAUUACCAGACUAAACUCCUAAAAAGCACAAAUAGCACUAAUAUUACAUUAUUGCUUUGGUCACUGAUGGCCACAAUGUGCUGAACUCUUUUUUUGGGGGGGGGUAGGACAAUUUUCUCUGUACUUCUAGGGAGGAGAUAAGAACCUUUAGUAUUUGCCAGGGAGUCUUUUUUUCAUUUUUAAUCCACUUUUUAAAUAUUAUUUGACUAUUUUGCCUAAAAACGAGAAAAAGUAUUGGUUUUGAAAUUAAUACUUGGGAGCCUUUUUAAUAUUGUUUGUGCUUUUUGGCACAAGUAAUCUUUAAGGAAACCCUGCGUGAGUUUCCUAACUGAUAUUGGGUUUCGGGUCGAAAAACCUUGGCAAUAUUCAUAUUUUUCCUGAAUAGGCUUUUGGAAUGAAAAAAUACCUAGGCACCCAAAUUGCCAAAGAUUAGGAAACUCAGUGUUUUUUUUUAAAGAUUACUUGUACCAAAAAGCACAAGCAAUAUUAAAUAGGCUCCCAAGUAUUUAUUUUAAAACUAAUAAGCUUUUUCUUGUUUUUAGGCAAAAUAAUAAAAUAAUAUUUAAAAAGUGGAUUAAAAAUUCAAUUCAAUUUUGUUCAUGCCAAAAAGUACAUUUAAUCUUAAAUAGGCCUUUUAAUUAAAGAAAAUCAAACCAUGCCACACUCUUACGGGCAAGUUUACUUCAAGUUUUGAGACCACAAAUUUCUUUAGAUCUGUCAAAUGAAAAAAUCUUGAAAAUUUGAAUGAAAAAAAUCAGCAGAACCUGUUGAUCAUCUAUAGAAGUCAACGGGAGUUGUAUAUUCAGCAUUAAAGCCAUUUUAUUUCUCUAGAAUUUUAAAACAGUUACAUAUUUACUUAUGGAAAAUUAAAUGAACAUUGAUUUUUCUAAAAUUUUGAGUAAAAAUGCAAGUGAUCAAGAAAAAGAUUGCAAUCCUAGAAAUAACUUGACCAAGCUAAAUCACAAUUUUUUUCCCAUGAUCACAUUUAAAAAAAAUAAUAAAAUUAAUAAAUUGCCCCCCCCCAGUUCGGAAUUGGGUUCAAACUAUGGCAUUAAAUUGUUACAAAGUUACGUUUUUAAAUAGAAUUUUACCCGGUUAAUAGUCCUUUUCAUUAUUUUAUUUUAAAUUCACUAGAAUAAAUUCAAAAUUAAUCUCUAACCAUCACACAUCUGAGAUUUUACAAGCAUUACUACUUUUUAGUGUAUUUAUUUUCUUCACAUUCUUCCGUCAUUUGAGUUUGCUGAAAACAUGGGAUGUUGGUGUAAGGAACAAUAAGGUCAAUAAGAUUUUAGUAAUAUGUAAAUGGCAAAGGGGAAUUAAUACUGUUAUUGCUUUAUGAGAUGCAAUCAAAAGAAAAUGGGAGACAUUUGUUACAUGUAAGGGGGAAUUUAUUAAAGUCCGAAUGCCAAAAA